UUAACUCCUAUUAUUUUUAAUGAUCUAUGGGUGACGUUUCUUAUGUCAAAAUUGAUUUAACUUCAAAUUUGUUUUGUAAAUGUACUGUUGUUAUUAUAAAUACUAAAAUAACUGAAAUGUCUUCCCAAAUAAGUACAAAAGAAAAGUUACUUUACAUUUUGGACGACAUGGAGUUAAUAGCAAAAGAACUUAUUGAAAAUGCAAUUGCUCCCAAGCAUUUAAAGCUUUCUGGUCCCGAAUAUGCCCAGUUAACCGAGCUUCUUGUUGCAAAAGACGAAGAGUUAAAGCAGACUUUAAAAUUAGCUCAGAAACAAGCUGACAUUGAAGAAAAAAUGGAUGUACUAAGAUUGGAAGUUGAACGACGAGAUAAAGACAUAAAUCAGUUACAAACAAAACUUAAAGAAGCUGAGCAAAUACUUUCUACAGCAAUUUAUCAAGCAAAUCAAAAACUUCAGUCAAUACAUAGAGCAAAUAAGAGACCGGUGUCUUCAGAGGAGCUUAUUAAGUUUGCACAUCGAAUUAGUGCCUCUAAUGCUGUUUGUGCCCCACUCACAUGGCAACAGGGAGAUCCUAGAAGACCUUAUCCUACAGAUAUUGAGAUGAGACUUGGAUUUUUGGGUAGAUUAAGUGAUCCUAUUAAUGGCCAUCUUCUACAACAACCUAAUAAUAUAUCAGAUUUGCACAGACUUGGGGGACCAGCUACAGGGGACAUUCCUGCAUCUCAACAAAAUCAGUUUGCUUGGCUCCCGUCUGGAGAGAUACAUAUGAGUGUGGGGGGCCAAGGUAGUGUGCCAGUGGAAACUCGUAAUCACAAACAGGAAACUGAGGAUGUGGAGGUCAUGUCUACAGAUUCCAGUAGUAGCUCGUCCAGUGACUCACAGUAAAAGUAACGUUUAUUAUUUUUUAUCUAUUUAAAUUUCUUUUAAAUUAAGUUGAAGUUAUUUAUUUUUAUUACUUU